AUGAGCUUCACGUUCAAGUCAGCGUUCCAGACCAUCUCCAGCUUCAGCAUCCCUUAUGUGAGCCGUAUCUCUGGAGGACUGAAAGCUGGGAAAGCCAUCUUCAUUCAGGGAUCCGUUCCGUCUGGAUGUGAGAGCUUUGUGGUGAAUCUGAAGUGUGGAGAGUCUGAAGGAGACGACAUCGCCUUUCAAAUCAAGCCCCAGUUCAGCAGCAACCGCAUGGUCCUGAACAGCCGCCAACAUGGGUCAUGGGGAAAAGAGGAGAAACUGGAAUUACCUUUAAAGCAGGCCAGCGGCUUUGAUCUGAUCAUUGCCGUGAAUUCUGAAAAUUAUCAGGUGUAUUUGAAUGGAAAGGAAGUUGGUCGAUUCCAGCAUCGUAUAUCUCUGGAUCGAGUCAUCGCUCUGAGUGUUGGAGGACAGGUUUCUGUGACAAACGUGGCUUUCACCGAGACUGCAUAA